CAUCAUUCAAUCAAUCUGCUUCAUCAUUCAUUCAUUUAUGCCAUGCACGGUUUUGUGUCGUGUAAAAUUUUGCAUUUUUUGGAUAAAUUGAUAAGUUUUACCUUAGGUGAUGGAACGCUAGAUAUUUGAAAAUGAAGUCCAUGGUGGCUUACGUCCGUAGCCUACUCGGAUGGUGUGACGAAAGUCCAGCGAUUAGAACAAGCUUCAAACGAGACAGGGCAGAGGAUGAUUUUUCGUCCGAUGAUGAUACCCCAGCAUUUAAAAGGCUCAAACACUUGAAGAGAACAAGUUUUCCUGACAUAAUGGCAACGAAUGAUUUAUGGGACAAGGAUGAUAAACCAAGCAAAAAUGUACGCUACGUGCCAAUCCAGAUUGAAGCAGGUCAUCCAAGCACCUCUACUCCUAAUGAAGUGCCUGGCAAGUCAAGUCGAACCAGAACUGUUCCUAUCAAGCUUGUAGGGGUUUCAGAAAAUGGCCCUUCCACACCUUCUAGAAAACCAAGGAUUCACACACCAGUGAAGCCUGUGAUACAUGCUGUGAUUGAUGAUGAAGAUGAAGAUGAUGAGCAUGAGGUGACAUGGGUUGAAAGUAAAUCAGAUACAAAGCCUUCAAAAGUAUACAUAAACUUAGAAGAUGACGAAGAUGAUGUCAUAUUUGUAAAGAAGAAAAUAAAUUCACCUCCACCAAUAAAACCCUAUAAAUUCUUCAUAAAAAACAGUGAUACAUCUGAUUCCAGAGAUGACUCUGUACAGUAUUACAAGUUAAGUCGAAAAUUAAGUGAUCGUAACUCCAUUAAUAUGUCUCCAAAAACAUACAGCAAAUUUAAAGCACCAGCAGGUGUCACAAAAACAUACAAGAAAGUCCCCACAUCAGUGCCUAGAUGGAUGCAAUCUUCAAAACCCUCGAAUCUCGCAAAUACAAGAAAUCGGUUAUUAAAUCUCAACAUCAAUGGCAAUGCUAGAUCAACGCUAUCUGAAGUGUUUAAUUUAGAUGAGAAGAGAAAUUACCAAGAAUUAAUAAGACGAGUGGCUAAUUCAAUGAAACCAAUAUCAUUCAACAAACCUUUAGAUGUAAUAAAUUUGGCAGAAGAUUCUGCAUCUUUUAGAUACACACAAAGAGCUCAGAAAAAGGCAUUAGAUGAAAUAAAACUAGUAGAAAAAGGCUUGUCCUUGAACAAAGAAAAUGAAAACGCAAAAGAGUAUGACCCAAUCACAGUAGCUUCCAUCAACUCGUCCGAUUCUGAAGUAGAAAUAGUUCCUUCAGAAUCGUCCACAACCUCAUCAGUUAGAAUCGAGCCCAUAAAUUCACUCAGAGAGUCGCUAAAAGAGAAAGAUGUGACCUCAGGCGACUGGCUCGCCAAAUUGGAUUCCAAAUACAAUAAGAAGAAACAAGACACUCAAGAGAAGCUGCACGACGCUCGGAAAGAGGCCGAUAUCAUAUCGAAAGUGAACAACGAGCAGAAGCGAGCUCACCUGGAGCACAGGCUGAAGUACGAGCUCAGCAUCUCGGAGAGUUUGUUCGAGGAGCCACAGCCCGCCGUGGAGCUGCCGCCGCUCACGCCGGAGCAGGACAAGCUCGUCAACCGCGCGCUCGGGCCCGGCCCGCCGGGGCAGCUGCUCGUCGAAAAGUUCAAUCUGAGGAUACACAGACGCGACCUGCAGACGCUGUGCGGGCUGAACUGGCUGAACGACGAGGUGAUCAACUUCUACAUGAACCUGCUGAUGCAGCGCGCCGCCGAGCGGCCCAAGCUGCCGCGCGUGUAUGCCGCCAACACCUUCUUCUACCCCAAGCUCAUGCAGGCGGGCCAGGCCGGCCUCCGCCGCUGGACCCGCAAGGUGGACAUCUUCGCGCACGACUUGCUGGUUGUGCCGGUGCACCUGGGCGUGCACUGGUGCGUCAGCCUGGUGGACUUCCGCGCGCGCCGCGUGGCCUACCUGGACAGCAUGGGCGGCCGCAACACCGCGUGCCUGCAAGCCCUGAUGCAGUACCUACGCGACGAGCACCAGGACAAGAAGGGCGCGCCCUUCGACGACGCCGGCUGGCGGACAGAGUGUCUCAAGGACAUCCCGCAGCAGAUGAACGGCAGCGACUGCGGCAUGUUCGCGUGCACGUUCGCAGAGUUCUCGUGCCGCGACGCGCCCUACACCUUCUCGCAGGCCCACAUGCCGUACCUGCGCCGCAAGGCCGCGCUCGAGAUCCUGCAGGGCAAGCUGCUGCUAUAGACCGCAGGCCGCAGGCCGCAGACCGCAGACCGCGCGACACCACUCGCGACCACCGAGCGUUUGUUCCCGAAAGUUUAGUGCGUCGAGUGUAAUUUCAGUGUGUGAUGAGUGAUGACCGGCGUUGACGACCUCCCGAGAUACAGGGUGGAAUCUUGUAAUGCCACCUGGAGGGAAAGUACUCUUAAUACUGUAGAUAGAAAAUUUUACUGAAAGAAAACAUUCCUUUAUUUUUGAAAAGAAAGAGAACUGCAUUCAAAGAUUUUUGAAAAUUUUUAGAAAAUUCCCUAUUGUAUGGUAUGGUAUAAUACAAUUUUCUGUACAUAAUGAAAAUAACUCAAGAUUUCAUGGUUUUCCUUUCAUUUGAUUUAUCAAGUUUGUUAGAGAGAUUUCAUCCUUAUACUUAACCCUAACGAUCAAUGCAAUAAAAAUACAGGGUGUAAUUUUUAACAAAUUAUAGUGGUUCGAUUCCCGGGUGUGGCAAACAAUUUUUUUGAAAUCUUUGAAUGCAGUUCUAUUUCUUUUCAAAAAUAAAGCAAUGUUUCCUUUGAGUAAAAUUUUCUAUCUACAGUAUUAAGAGUACUUUCCCUCCAGGUGGCAUUACAAAAUUCCACCCUGUAUAGUAUGAAGUGCCGCGCAAUAGCGAGCGUCGCCUGAGACAGUAAAAUUUCCGCUACCUAGUUAAGUCUGAAACUAUUUAAGUUAUAUUUAUAUCGCUGAGCCUGGUCGGGUCGCGCGCGUAAUUCCGACCGGCGCGGCGCCUUUAGUGAACCUUAUUUUAAUACUUGAUUGAUUUAUGUAUAAGUAUCAUAGAAAUAUGUACAUAAUAUUAUUAUAACACUACUCUUGAAUGUUUGUUUCUUCCAGUAGAACUUUAAAGUAAUAAAUCAGUUACAAAAUAGUCAUUGCAUUUGAGAUUUUCUCGAGGUGGUGUAGGAUGACAUGAUUCAAUGGUUUCUUUAAGUAAGCAGUAACAAUAUUCACACAUUAUUAACUUUACUAAAAUGACAUAUUGCUAUCCCUUUUUCUUUUUAUUAUCUUAAUGAUACACAUUUUCUUUGUCCCUAAACAAACAGAUGAGAAAAACUUUGCAACCUCUAUAAAGUGAAGAACCAAAAAAUAUAUAUUCAUAUUAUUUAACAAAAUAAAUGGUAACAUUAUUUACAUGCCUCAUGCAUGUAGCGACUAGCGAUUAAUAGAAUAUCAGUCGAAAUACACUGGGGCCAGAGCCAGAGACCUAAUGAUACCUGUAGCUGUGUAGUGAAAAAACAUAAGUAAGUUUAGUUACCUAACACUUGCAUGAUGUAUACUUAGAAAUUUUUUUUUUUUGUAGGGGUGGCAUCGUUUUUAUCUUUGAUAUGUAAUUUUGUCUAAUUAAUUGGUUGUAUAUUUUGAUUUCCUAUCUCUAGCAGACAUAAAUCUUAUAUAACAUAAAUAAUAUAGAUUGGGUGGCAAUAUUGGAUCAUUACUGUUUUUAAUACGACUUUAUGACAUAUCACACAUUUUUGUUCAAAAUUCGACUAAAACAAAUAUUUCCAUUCCAUGAGAUCUUGUGAGAAAAAUUUGUGUAUUUGUAAAUUUGUACUUUUUCUCUCUACUACAAUGCUUAUUAUUAUUACCCCCUUCAAUUUUGUUACGAAUUCAGACGCAUUGUGAUUUCUUGUCAUUUAGUUUAUUUAUAAUGCUAGUUUGUAAUAAAAUGUAAACAAUUUCAUUUGGAAGUUUUGUAAUUAGGUAUUUUUAUCAAAGUUAAUAAUCAAUCUGUGUGGUGACUGUUUUGUCCAUCUUGUCAAGCACUUGGAUGCCUGACAAAAUGAACGUUUUCACAUUUGAUGUGAAGACUAUCCUAAGUUGUCUAAGUGAUGGAGUAAAUUAAAUAAUAAAACAUUAUGAAAUCAA